UUUUCGCCUUGGGUUGUGGGGUUUUGUUUCUUUGUUGUAUUCCUUUCUUGAGUCUACAUCUUUUCAUUUCUUUAUCGGAUUAGCAGAUUCCCCUCGUCAUUUCUUAUUUCUUAACCCACAUGCGUGUCAUUGGGUUUGUCUGGUCUGUAUUGGAUCACAGGGAUCUCUUGUUCUCUUUCUGUUAUCAAAGGAGAGAGAGGGAGGGAGGUGGGGUUUAGUUUCUGAACCUUUUUUUUGUCGGAGGCUUGGUUCUAGGGACACAGAGGAAGAAGGUGAGAUUUUCUGAAACUGGGUUUUUUGUUUUGGGACCCGGCCGGAUUCGUUUCCGUUGGUUCGGAUCGGCUCGGGUGCCUGCUGUAGUGGGGUUCUUGUUUCUUUCAGGGUUUCUUAUGGUUUUAUUGAAGUGGGUUCGAUUCGUUUCGGUGAAAGGUUGUGACAUGCGAGAGAUUUUUCAUUUCUGUUGAGUGUUGUAUAUUUGCUUUAUAUGUUGUUUGUUUCUGCUGAAUUUGGGGGUUUAUGUGAAUAAUUGGGUGCUCUGUUUGAUCCUGUUCGGCAUUUCUGGUUGUUCGCUUGUCUUUGGAGAUGAUGUUCUAUGAUCUCUGACUUUGUUCAUCAUAUUCAAUUCAUUUGGAAGCAGGGAUUUUCUUGUUGUCUAUCCUUCGGGUGAAUUUGGAUGUUACUGAAUUGGGCUUGAUUGUAUCGAAAUUCUGUAUCGAUCUUAAUCUCCUGAGUCAUGGCGGGAAUAGAUGUUUCUAAAUAUGAUCAUAGUCCUGUGCAUAAGGCUGUAGCUACGAGGGAUUACGCUGCUCUCAAGCGGAUACUUGCAAGUCUCCCGCGCCUCUGCAAUCCAGCUGAGAUUCGGACUGAGGCGGCUUCAUUUGCGGAGGAAGAGAAAGCGGAUGCUAUCUCUGCUGUGAUUGACCGCAGGGAUGUGCAUAACCGAGAGACCCCACUCCACCUUGCUGUUAAACUCGGUGAUGAGACUGCAACUGAGAUGCUUAUGGUUGCUGGAGCAGACUGGAGCUUGCAGAACGAACAGGGAUGGAGUGCCCUGCAGGAAGCCAUUUGCAACAGAGAAGAAGGCAUUGCCAUGACUAUUGUCAGGCACUACCAGCCGUUAGCAUGGGCAAAAUGGUGUCGUAGGCUUCCUCGUUUAAUAGGGACUAUGAGGAGGAUGAGGGAUUUCUACAUGGAGAUCACGUUUAACUUUGAGAGCUCUUUAAUCCCUUUCAUAGCAAGGAUCGCGCCUUCAGACACCUACAAGAUAUGGAAGAGGGGAGCAAGUUUGAGGGCAGAUAUGACUUUGGCUGGUUUUGAUGGAUUCAAGAUUCAGCGUUCAGAUCAGAGUAUUCUGUUCCUUGGAGAUGGCUCUGAGGAUGGGAAGGUCCCCCCCGGGACUCUCUGCAUGAUCUCACACAAGGAUAAGGAAGUGAUGAAUGCUCUUGAUGGAGCCGGUUCUCAGGCGAGUGAAGCAGAGGUUCAACAGGAAGUGGCUGCAAUGUCUCAGACUAAUAUCUUCAGGCCUGGAAUUGAUGUGACUCAGGCAAUACUAUUGCCACAGUUGACAUGGAGAAGGCAAGAGAAGGCAGAUAUGGUUGGUCCAUGGAGGUGUAAGGUGUAUGAUAUGCACAAUGUGGUGGUAAGUGUCAAGUCCAGGCGAGUUCCUGGGGCUAUGACGGAUGAUGAGUUUUUCAAUUCUUCCAAUGAAAAUGACACGGAGAGUGAAGGGUAUGAUGACAUCUUGACAGAGGAAGAGAGGAGGCAAUUAGAAGUUGCACUUAAGAUGGACUCUUCAGAGUUGACAACUGAAGAUAGUCUUCCUGAUGGCAUUAUUGCCCAUCGACAUAGUUGCUACGAGCAACGGGAGAUCCCUAUUGAAGAUGUGCAUAGUUGUGGCAAUGCUGAAGUAAAACAGGAGAAGAAAGGGUGGUUUGGUGGCUGGAGAAAGCAGGACACGAAACAUGAAGGUCAAAAGAAGAUAGCUCCACCAAGAAGUUCUGUCUGUAUGGAUGACAAGGUAAGUGAUCUCCUUGGGGAUUCUCCACCUAGGCAUCAGAGCAAGCAGGGAAGACACUCUGCAGAGGUUGGUGCAAGGGGGGAUGAACUCCAGAAAGGGCGAGAUACAAAAAAGUCUUCUUUGAGUUCUGAUAGUGGUCAUCGACGCAGGGAUGUAAACCGUGAGAGUGAGUACAAGAAAGGAUUGAGACCUACUCUGUGGCUUUCUCCCAACUUUCCACUCCAAACUGAAGAAUUGCUGCCCUUGCUUGAUAUUCUUGCUAACAAGGUCAAGGCAAUCCGUCGUUUAAGAGAAUUACUUACAACAAAGCUUCCUCCAGGAACUUUUCCAGUGAAGGUUUCUAUUCCGGUGAUUCCAACUAUCAGAGUUUUGGUCACUUUUACAAAAUUUGAAGAGUUACAACCCUUGGAUGAGUUCUCCACACCUCCUUCGAGCCCUCAUGCUGCAGGCCGAGAAAGCCCUGCAAUGAUGCAGUCCUCAAGUUCAUCAUGGCUUCAAUGGAUAAAAGCACCAUACCAUCGUCAAAACUCUUCUAUGAGUUCUGGCCCCAGCAGUCGGGUAGAAGAUAUUCAAGACCCAUUUGUCUUACCUGCGGAUUAUACUUGGACAACAGUUGAAGCAAAGAAGAAAAAGAUGCAGGAAAAGAAGAGCAAAUCGAAGAAGGGAAGAAGUCAAAAGCAGUGAAGUUUGUGAAGUUUGCUUUCAGCAGGGGGAGGGGGCUACCCAGAGGGAGACACCAAGUAAAAGGAAAACAUUGUUCCAUUAACUGAUGAACCCAUCAUACUGCAUAGAAAUACAAAUGGGACCUAGCUCGGGAUUGAAGGGAAUGGUCUUUCCGACAGGUGACUUGGGAAAAAGUCUUGGGGAAUCAUAAUUCAUCUUUCCGAAGUGCUUGUAAUCAACACAAAACAUUUGUUUGGCUCUUUAAAUGCAUUCUUCUAGAAGUUGUGUACACCAAUUGUAUCAGUUCAAUAUUUGUCACGGCCUCCUGUUUGAAGUGGGUUUAAUUAUUAUUAGCAAUGCAUGGCGGGCUGGGUUUUAUUUACUAUCAAAUUAUUCAGUAAGCCAUUUUUCAAUC